AUGCCUCCGAAGAGAGCGCGUAACAGCUCGCCAGCGGCAGAGCGUCGCGAGCGCCUGACCCUGGCCAAACUGGCCAGCUAUGACGAUGUCGCAACUGAUGCGCUGGUGGAUCACGCUUACUUCUGGACCACCACACGGAAGAAUCGCACCAAAUACAGCCCUGCCCGCGGUAUCCACGACGACGAUAUUGGGCGCAUUCUUCUACGCGAUGUGAUUGUCGACAGAGAUAUCACAAGUGCUGAGCGCAAGCUGCUGGACAUUUCAGGGCUCAAGAAAUACCUGACAAAUCUCCGCAGCCCCCGUGAAAAGGAAUGGUUUCGCCGUCACCUCCGCAAAUACAUCCAGAUGUACCUCCCCGACUGCCCGUUCGAGGUCACCACCACCAACCGAUACAUUAUCACGCAACACGAAGCCGCAAUUUGUGCCCGCAGGUUCAUCAAGAAGGGUGAAGAGAUCAAAUACUUGAGCGGAACACUCGUGUCUAUGACCCAUGAAGAAGAGAUGGAUCUUGGCCUGACCCGCAAAGACUUCAGUAUUGUGAUGUCGAGUCGGCGCAAAACCCCGUCUUUUUUUUUGGGACCUGCCCGCUUUGCCAACCACGACUGUGAUGCAAAUGGCAGCCUGGCAACUCGUGGAAACGAGGGCAUGUCUGUCCUGGCCAUGCGCGACAUUUACGAGGGAGAGGAGAUCACGGUCUCUUACGGAGAGGAUUACUUUGGCAUUGAUAAUUGCGAAUGCCUGUGCUCCACCUGCGAACGAGCUGUUCGCAAUGGUUGGUCUUCUCAAGCGGAUUCGGAUCAGAACAGCAAAGAAUCAAGCCCGGUGUCGAUUGAAGCCACCCCAGUCGAAGACACUGCGGGAACUAGGAAACGCCGCCGCAGCUCUGAAGUGGACUCCGAUUCUUCCUCGACCGUGUCAUGCUCUACUCCACGAAAGCGAGCCAAAUUCCAGCGACAAGUAUCUAAAUUGCGAAAAGAAAUUUCUGCCUCUGAGCUCGCUGGUGAAGCAGCCUCAACCUCCGAGUCAGAUUUUGUCACUACCCCAGACACUGAACUUGUUCCAACUCCUGUUUUGACUGGCGCUAUACCCCAGGCGUCCAAAUUGAGACAGGAGCUCACAGAUCUAACGCCAGAGCCCACCCCAACGGACUCACCACUCCCACCACUAGCCACAGAAUCUGAACAGCCAAACACUGCUGCUUCAGGCGAAACAAAGCAGGCCCAGAACUCGCAGGCUGCCUUUCCUGAAUCUCCUAAUUCUAACGUCGAUGAAUCUCAUCGUUCGUCAACGUCAACCACACCGACAACGGUGGAUGACAUUAGAAUGAAGAUCAAGACAGAGGAGACCAGAUAUUCAAACCAGACAGAAUCUGCAACAUCAAAUGGCAAGGAUCAUGCCGAUGCCUCAGCCGAAGGUCAGCUCGCCCUCAUGACUCCUCCCAAGGACACGUUCCCCAAGGAAGAACAGCCAAACUUAUCGGAAUCCCUUGAAACAGAUGAGACAACUGCCGAAAAGCCCAAGACUCGGAAGAAAUGGAGCAGGCGUCGAUUCAUUGUUGACUCCGUCGAGACCGAUUCCCAAAUUGCCCGAGUUCCCGGAGACUACACCAAGACAUCGCGGUUGCUUGCUCAGAGAUAUGAUCGCUGGGUCGAGUGUCAGACCUGUGAUGAUUGGUUCGUCCAAUCCAACUCGUACCUGACAAGACGUGAAUGCCCUCGCUGCGAGCGCCACUCUAAGCUGUACGGAUUCCAAUGGCCACACACCGAUAAGAGUCCUGAUGGUGAAGAGCGAGUCAUGGAUCACCGCACUGUACAUCGCUUCUUGUCCCCUGACGCACAGUCCCGAGUUAGUCGUCGAGGACGGGGUGUCAGCUUUGGCAUUACCCCGACACCGGAACUGUCUGAUACAUACACUCCCGAAGCAGAGACCAGCGAUACAAACGAGGCCCGCCGUGAUGCUCGGGCAAGUCGGCGUCGCACCAGAGAACUUCGCAUGACUAUGUAA